AGCGUUCCAAUCUACGAUCGCGCAUAUAGGAAAAUAAACUUUGCUAGCUGUAUACAAAGUAUAUUUAUUUACUUUACUCAUGGAACAGUGGAUAUGAUGUCGCAUUUUGUUUGUGAAAUAGUCUAACAUAGGUUGUGAUAUCGUGCAGGCGUGAAGUGUUUGCGACUGAUAUUUUUUUCUGUGGGCACAAUCGCUUCCCUUAUUUCUAUUGUGAGAUACUGAUGGUCGUAUGUACAACAUGAAAAGGAAUGGCACUUAGGCCAUAUUGACAUUACGAUCUCUAAAAUGUCAAAGUUCAUCCGUAGAUCCGUGCUUGGGAGGGAUGUGUUUUGUGAAAAACAGAAAUUAUUGAAUUAAAAAUUAUGUGUGAAGUGUAAUGUAGUGUUUCUACUAUUUGGAUCUGUUGAGAAUAUGUUUCAUUAUAUUGGAUGUUCGAAGUAGAUUACAAAAAUGUUGAUUAAAGAGUACCGGAUACCACUACCUCUCACUGUAGAGGAAUACAGGAUUGCACAGCUGUAUAUGAUAGCUAAAAAGAGCAGAGAGGAAAGUUCCGGUGAGGGUAGUGGUGUGGAGAUUUUAGUAAAUGAACCAUAUGAAGAUGGUCCUGGUGGAAAAGGUCAGUACACUCAGAAAAUUUAUCAUGUUGGUAGCCAUUUACCUGGCUGGUUUAAAAGUUUACUUCCAAAAUCUGCCUUAACAGUUUCCGAAGAAGCUUGGAACGCCUAUCCUUAUACAAAAACCAGAUACACAUGUCCAUUUGUUGAAAAAUUUUCAUUAGAAAUAGAAACUUAUUAUUAUUCUGAUAAUGGCCACCAAGAAAAUGUCUUCAAUCUAACUGGAAGUGAUUUAAAAAGUAGAAUAGUUGAUGUUAUUGAUGUUUGUAAAGAUCAGCUCUAUGGUGCUGACUACAUCAAAGAAGAGGAUCCUAAAUUAUUUCACUCACAAAAAUGUAAUAGAGGACCCCUUACUGAUAACUGGCUUGAAGAAUAUUGGAGUGAAGUACAAGGCAAACCUCAACCAUUGCCAAAUGGAAAGUCACUCAUGUGCGCUUAUAAGCUUUGUAAAGUUGAAUUCAGAUAUUGGGGUAUGCAAACAAAACUAGAAAAAUUUAUACAUGAUGUUGCAUUACGGAAAACUAUGUUAAGAGCCCAUCGUCAAGCGUGGGCAUGGCAAGAUGAAUGGUAUGGCCUUACAAUGGAUGAUAUAAGAGAGAUUGAGCGCCAGACACAACUGGCUUUGCAGAAGAAAAUGGCUGGUGAUACAAGUGAUGAACAAGAUCUCUCUGAAGAAAAUUCCAAGUCCCUGGCAGCUACAAUGAGCAGUUUGGAAAAGAAUGAAGAUGUUCCAACACCAAUGGUCACUAAGAAAAACACUGAAAAGAGAAUUCAAAAGCAUCUGACACCUGAAGGAACUCCACCAUCAGAACACAAAUCAUCUAAAACUAAUCUUAGAUCAUCUUCAUCUGGGUCUAUUAAAAGUUUGCAAGCACAAGCUGCUAACUGGAGAAUGGAAACUCUUGUUAGAGAAUCAGAAACAGAAACCGGUUCAGAAGAUGAGUUCUAUGACUGUGAAUCCUCAUUUAAUAAAUGGUCUUCCAUGUGUUCUCUUGAUGAAGCUGACAUUGACAUUUCACCAACACAAGGUGAUAACAGUCAAGAAGACAGUAUUUUUAAUCCUUCAUUCUUAAAACGCGUGACCUCUGAAAGAGGCUCGCGCAGAAUGCCUAACCUUCAGAGCCAUCCCAGUGUUGAUGGGUGCCCAGAGACUCCUGUUCAUAGUUCGUGUCCUACUACCGUUUUGAUACUUGUUUUUCAUGCUGGAAGUGUCUUAGAUGCUAAUGUAGAUAUGACAGCCAAAAAAUCUGAUGUCACCACUUUUAAAGGAGCUUUCGAAUCAGUCAUGCGACAACAUUAUCCAACGCUUAUUGGACACAUAGCUAUAAAACUGGUAUCAUGUCCAUCUAUUUGCACUGAAGCCUUGGGUGUACUGUCAACACUAAGUCCCUAUAGUUUCGAUUGUUCACCAUCAACUAUUGAAUCUCCAUCAUUGACAAACGAUCUUAUACCUAUUGGUGCUAUACCAUUAAUUGCCACUACAUCUCCAGACUACGCAGAGUCCGUUACAAAAACAAUUAACUCUGCAAACACCACAUACAGCGAAUUUCUGAGAUCUGAUGAUGGAAAAGGAUUUAAUGGACAAGUGUGCAUUGUUGGUGACAGUAUGGGUUCUGUGCUAGCGUAUGAUGCUCUUAUUAGAACUUUACAAUAUCAAUCUAGGCACGACAGUGAGAACAGCAUAUUAGAUACAGAAAUAACUAUCCCAAAUGAUCCAAUGGAACCGCAAUACCUCAAUAAGUCUCACUUACAAGCUCCGACUCCCAGGAGGCGCUCAUCUUCCACGAGUGACAACCACAUUAAAUUUGAAUUUGAAGUGAGUGACUUUUUCACUUUCGGUAGCCCCUUGUCACUAAUAUUAGCGUCAAGAAAAAUUUCUGACGACAAAUCUCGUGAUAUUAUGAAGCCACCCGUACAACAAGUAUUUAACUUGUUUCAUCCGACAGAUCCGGUUGCUUCAAGGCUGGAACCACUGCUUUCAGCUAGAUUCACUAAUUUACCACCAAUAAAUGUUGCUAGAUAUACAAAAUAUCCUUUAGGCAAUGGCCAGCCUUACCAUUUAAUGGAAUUGAUACAAAGUCAUCCUCAAUUAUUUGGAGAUCACUUGCAAAUGCCUCCAACUCCAGUUUUAAGAAGACUUUCAGAAGCAUCUGUACAAAGUACUGUUAGUGGCUUGGUAGAUAACAUUCCAUUGAUUACGAUGAAUGCGUUGCAGCAAAAAUGGUGGGGAUCCAAAAGACUAGAUUACGCUUUGUACUGUCCUGAAGGAUUAACCAAUUUUCCAACAAACGCUUUACCUCAUCUAUUUCAUGCCAGUUAUUGGGAGAGUUCUGAUGUCAUUGCUUUCAUAUUACGCCAAAUUGGUCAUUUUGAUUUAGCUCUCUACGGACACUCAGAUGAUAAAGAGUGUUCUAUGUUUAAACCUGGACAAGAAAGAGAAAAAUGGAUGAGAAAACGAACGUCAGUUAAAUUGAAAAAUGUUGCUGCAAACCACAGGGCCAACGACGUUAUCGUAAAAGAGGGAUGCCCGCAAACAUUUUCUGCACGUUUUAUGUACGGCCCAUUAGAUAUGAUAACGUUAACUGGCGAAAAAGUGGACAUAUACAUGAUGAAAGAUCCUCCAGCAGGUGAAUGGGCCAUGUUGUCGACUGUAGUAACUGAUAAGACUGGGAGGAUAACAUAUACAUUACCAGAAAGGCAAAGUGUGGCUUGCGGUAUAUAUCCAGUAAGAGUGGUGGUUCGAGGUGACCACACCAUGUGUAAUUUUCACCUAGCCGUUGUACCUCCACAAACCGAAUGCGUUGUGUUCAGUAUUGAUGGAUCUUUCACAGCUAGUGUGUCAGUUACUGGACGAGACCCGAAAGUAAGAGCUGGUGCUGUCGAUGUCGUAAGAUUUUGGCAAGAUCUUGGAUAUCUCAUUUUGUAUAUAACCGGGAGACCUGACAUGCAACAAAGAAAAGUAAUAUCGUGGCUGGCUGAACACAACUUCCCGCAUGGUUUAGUAUUUUUCUCUGACGGAUUUUCAACUGAUCCGUUAGGACAUAAGGCAGCACAUUUGAACAGCCUUAUAACUGAGCACGGCGUUAUUAUGCACGCUGCGUACGGGUCAGGAAAAGACAUUACUGUUUAUCAUAAUUGUGGACUUUCUCCAAAGCAAAUUUAUGCUAUUGGACGAAUAAGUAAAAAGUACAGCAAUAUGGCAACAACUCUUAACGACGGCUAUGCUUCACAUUUAGCUGAUCUAAAACAACCUGGAGCUUCGAGACCUGCUAGAGGAAAUGCUCGUCUGCUCGUGCCCAGGCGACUGUUAGCCCCCGUAAGCGGUGGGUCCACAUCACGAGUUCGUCGUUAAUUUAGCGUAAAUUUCUAAAAUAGUAUUCCUUAAAACGCUUGAUCUUCCUCGAGUUAGACAGUGUUUGUGAUAGGAUAGUGCUUCAUGUACAAUCGUCGUAAUAUUGUCAUCUUAUUUUUUAGAAUAUUAUUCUGCCCCAAAUACAUUGCUAUUGUUUUGGCAGACUUCAUCUGUAUGCACAUACUUUACCGAUUCUGGUUUGAUUAUAAUAUUGAUUCAGAUUUGUAUGCUGUAUAAACAAGUUUUAAAAUUAGAUUACCGGGAAUGAAGAAAACGCCCGUAAAUUGUUCGUCAUCAUACGUGUAUCUAAAUGUUGAAAUAUUGUAACGACUGUUUUAAUAUUCUAACUGUAAAAACUUGUUACGUACUUCUAUUAACUGAUCAUAAUGCAAAGUAAAAUAAAAGAAAAUUCAUAUUACAUAUUUAAAUGUUGCUAGUGUGUGACUGGAGGAGCGGAAUCUCUGCACAGAAUUUGUGUCAUGCUGUGCUGUUUUCUAGUCUAUUUGCCAUUCGUAGAACUAUACUUGCACUUUUAUUGAAGUUGAAUUAACUAUUCAAUAAAAUUAUUUAAUUUUCUGGUCUUACACGAAUGUUUAGACUACAAUCUUGUCUAGUAAUUUACGUCUCGAAAAACAUGUACAGUCCAAGGUAGACUUUUAGGUGACGUUUUGUUUAUGCAAUUGAUUACGUUUUCUAUCUGAGCAGUUUAUUUUUAUAGUUUUAUUAGUACGAAGUUUCAGAAUGAUUGUAACGUUACAUGAGAUGGAUGGAUAUAUUAAUUUAUUAGCAAAUUUUUCCAUUGUUUCUGACAUUGUGGUAAAGGUACACUUAAGUAGUGUUAAGACGUUGUAUAUCGCGUGAUAUUAUAUCUUGUUAUUUAUUUAUAGUUCGGAAUAGUUUGGAGAAUAUUAUAUUGAUAUUUUAUGCAUUUGCGAUUUACAACCCGACUACGGUGCGGAGGUGGUGUUUAUUACUUGCAAUGAGAUGUUUACCAUUCCCAAUUUUCAGUAUAAUAUCCCGGAUGUUUUAAUGGGAUACGAUGACUACUAACUAUACUGGUAGUUCCAUUUGUAUAUCAUCACCUUUGUGUAUAAUGCCGUAGUGGGGCUGUGAUCUAUUUUAGAAUAUUGAUGUUAGCUGAAGCCUGUAAUAUUGAUCAAAUUAGACUUUAUUAUAUUUAGAAAAAGUGUGUGUCCAAAACACUUCGUAUGUCGACGCCAUGUCGAGUUUUUAUUCAUUUUGCACAGUCAACUUAUAAGUCUGUGCGAUUAUAUUAAAUUCCUAUUUGAAAUUUCAAUUGUGAAGUGUAAAAUGUGUCAAGUAUUUUUAUCGUUGCCACUACUAGGCCGAUCAAUUAAAUUAUUGUUAUAAUUAUUGAAUAUCUGAAAUGAAUUAAAUGUCACAAAGAGUGUGUUUAAAAAAUAUUACUUAGUACCUAUAUUCUAAGGUUGAAAAUUAUUAAAUAACUGCGUGGGCAAUAUCUAAAUUCAAUUUAAAAUUUAAAUUAUAUAAUAUUUAUAAUUAUAUCGUUGAUAUUAUAAAUUAUAAGUACCUACCUAAUCCAGAUAAAUUUAUUUUUCUAGUUCACGAUUUGAGUUCUGAUGAACAUACCUAAAUGAAUAAUGAAAUAAUAUUAAUUAUAUUAUUACGUAUUAUAAAGUAAAUUGUAUAGUCUUUAUUAUUGUACAUUCCUAUUUCAGAGAUAUUUCUAUUGUUAUAUAUUUUAUUUAUUAAAUUAUUAUAAUAAUGAAUAUGUAACUAAACGUUUAAUAUAUUGUCUAAUGUUCUCAUUAAUAUAGGUUUAUUCGAAAGUUAACCAAUAUAUUUUCUUAACUCUGUAUGUAAAAACUUAUUUCGUCGUAUUGCGUUACCAUUAGGUACAAAUACUUUUUGUAUCGGUGUAUAACUAUACAUUGAAAAAUGUUAUGUACAUUAGCUGCAUACAUAAGUACUUAUUGCAUUAUUGGAAAAACAGAAAUUGUAUGUGCGCGUAACAAGAAGAAAUUACGUUCCGCUUUUCAUAAUUCUGUAUUGUAUUUCAUGGCUUAUCGUUAUAAUUCGUAAUUAGCUAAUUGCAUCUAAAAAUUAUGUACGCUAUAUUACAAUAAGUAUUUGAAUUUGUAGGUAAGAAGUAUACAUUUUUCCAAAGCUACAAUCAAUGUUCCGCGUGCAAAGAUUUAUUUUUCAGUGUUAGAGUUGUACGAAUCGGUUUGUAAUGCUAAAGACGGUGAUGGAUAUAAGUGCAGCCUAUAGAUAAGCAUGUAUAGCCACUUAUAUGGCUUCACGCGAGGUCGUCCAUUCUCUACCUAUCUAAAAUUAUCCGUUUCGUAUAAACCUGAAGCCCUGGCAUCAGUGUUAACGCGGGAGAAUAUGAUCUAUUUGAUGUUUCUAUCCGAAAGCUGUUACGUGUUGCGCAAAUAGUCAGCUAACGCAAAUACGCGAUGUAUUGCCGACACGAUACAAUGUGCAGACAUUUCCUAUCAAUCUCUAUAGUUUAUACCUACCUAACAUUAAACACACAAGAUACAAACAGAUAGCAGUCUAUUUACCUAUCACUAACACUACUUAAACUAAUUAACUUAAUUACUUUUAACGAUCUUAUUAAUUAACCAACGUGGAUCUCUGAAGGUCAAUUAUUCCAUCCUAGACUCCUUAAUCAGCUAGGACGGUGACUGAAAAUGUACUUAUAAUCUUCCAAACAUCCCCAAAUUGGUAGUGGUCUGUGCCAAGAUGAAUAUCCCUGCCUAAUAUAAACUGAUUUAAAUAUAAACGGUUUAAGAUCAAAGUGUUUAACCGUUUAUUUUUAUCCGUAUGAGGUCAGUUCGGUGUUAUAUAAUCUAGUAUUAACCGCUGUUCUACUUUUUACGUUUCAAUGGUCAACCAUUUCAUCCGCGAUAGUCAGCUUCCUAUUCUAUAUCGAUCGGUGCCUAGCCUGUUACAAUUCGUACUACAUUGUGUUCAUUUCGUAUCUAAUAGAAAACAGGUGCUUAUUCUCUCAACACGGGCAAUACGGGUACGAUAUGCUUUGUAAACAUUUCUAUGAAUUGAAAUAAGUACAUGUGGAGUACUUAUACAAGUUAUAUAUUUUAUCUCUUAUAUUGGACAAUCUCAUAAAUUGAUAAAUGCCUAGAUAAAAUAUUAACAUAGCCAAAACGAAGGUCAUUAACUUGGAUUAAACAAAAAAAGGUGGUGUAAGCGGUUGAGUUCACUUGAAACCGGUAAAUGUUAGUCAAGACGAGUUACUAAAUAACGUUACGAAGCUUAGGUGUAUCUGAUUGUGGUGGUUAACGACUUUUUGAUGACAUGCCUCAGAAUGUACAAGACCUACCUUCUCAGUUCAUAAUUAUGUGGAAGAUUGGUCUCGUGUCUUUCUAAAACUGAGGUCUAUCACUUUAUUAUUACUGAGUUACAAUUAUUAGUCACGUGGUAAUGUUCGCAUUGUUUCUGAAUUUGUAAUAUGAGGUGCUUUAUUUUUUUAGUCAUUUAUUGACUCUACCUUUAUGAAACAUUUCGCUUCGCAAAAAUUUCCUGUCUAUAGUCUUAUCCUGUCUUGUCUACCUAUUCUGUUCGUUGAAAUGUAAACCGGACACCACUAAUUUAAAAUUCUUUAAAAGUUUUUUUGAAGUAUUUUUUUCGUAGUCAUUCCAAAUUAGUAAUCUUAUCUGUAAUGGUUACAAAGCGAGGGGACAACACCUGAUAGCAUGGGCGUAACCAGUGGGAUGGGGGACUCGCCCUACCCUAGAACAUAAUAGAAAAGACAAGCGGAACGCGUUUGUCCAUUUGCGAUAUCAUGUUAUUUAAACAAACACAAUACCUAUAUGUAUUGUUACUUUGCAACGUAUUGUAUGGUGGAUAUCAGUACCUACUUAAUUAAUAUGACAGCUUAAUUACUGAACCCAAUUAGUAUCUAAUCUACCAGUGUAAUUUUUCCAAAAUGCAGUGCAAUUUUGCCCAUGAUGCAGUUGUGGCUUCCAAUCACAAAUAUAAUUUUAUUCGUCUUCAUUUUUCGAAUUUAUUUUAAUCCAUUUAUAAGUACAAACAAAGCGAUCUGAAAUCUAAUUAUAAAUAGGAAACAGGCGUUAUAUUUAAUCAGUAUUUUAAUAACUAAAUACCUACAUAGUUUCUUCAUUUGAUCAUUGAUUUAGAAUUUAAUGGUAUUACUUAAUAAGUAUUAUGAUAAAUGACUUAAUAAAUUAAUAUGUAUGUGUAUGUACCUGGUUUCUAAACCUAUACAGUUAGAGCUACGAUUAAAUGUAUUUAUUUGUACCUGUUAUUAUAAUUCAUUUCUUCUUCAUAUUAUGCUAGCUUCAAGUUCUUUUAUGAUGUAUGUACUAGUGUGUGGGAAAAUAAAUUAUUGUUGUUGGCA